AAUACUUGGCAAACAUGGGUAGGAAACUGGACGCCCUGCUUGGAAGGAACUUCAAGACGUCCAAGUUCAAAACUCUUUUGAAACUUGCCAGUUCUAGGAUUGCUAUCCUCGCCAACCAACACCAAAGCCGGCUGUCUCAUGCCCGGUCCGAUGUCAAAGAUCUCCUUCUUAUCGGACAACAAGACUGCGCUAUGCUUCGUGUUGAGCAUGUGAUCAUGGAGCAGAACAAGUUGGAUGCGUUUUCCUUGAUAGAAUAUUUCUGCCAGCUCUUGUUGGAAAGGGUCAAGCUCAUUGCACAGAGCAAAGGGGAGUGUCCUGAAGAGCUCAAAGAGGCAACAUCAAGCUUGAUAUAUGCAGCCUCAAGAUGUGGCGAGUUCCCGGAACUUCAGAAGAUUCGUGAGGUUUUGACGCCUAAAUUUGGGAAGGAUUUUGCUACUCGCGCAGUUGAAUUACGCAACAAUUGUGAAGUGAAUCCUAAAAUAGUACAAAAGUUUUCAACACGACGGUCAAGUCUUGAAAGCCGGCUGAAAUUUUUGAAGGAGAUUGCUUCAGAAGCUGGUGUAAUUCUAAAUCUAGAAGAAUAUACUCCUGUUGAAGAUAAGGAGAAACUCGAUGCGAACCAGAAUCAUGGGCAUAUUGAGCCUACUAAAGCUUCGAAGCCAGAUGAAAAUGGCCUCACGCAUAACACUACUUUGCUUGAAGAUAUAAAGCAGGUAGAGAAAUUUUCUGAAACAAUGAAAGCUAGAAGGAAGUACACAGACGUGGCAGAUGCUGCCCAAGAGGCUUUCGAAUCAGCAGCUUAUGCAGCAGCCGCUGCUAGAGCUGCUGUCGAGCUCUCCAUGUGUAAAUCAAUGGACAACAAAGAUCGUGAUGAGUCAGAUAAUCAAAGAGGGACUGUGUCGGAUAUCGGUGUUUCUUCAACAAACAAAGCUCUUGUGAUCACCAGCUAUGCAGCCUCAGAGAAGAUUGAGGAUUUAGUUAAUAGACUUGGUUCUCAAAAUGAAAGGAUCCAUCCGAUUGAGGACCUGGAAAGAUCGGAAUCAGAAGGUGAAGAUGACAUGGGAUAUGAAAGCCUUAAUGAUAAUCCUCUUGAAGUGGAAGUAGAGAAUGAAAAGAAAGAAACAGAAAGGAAAUCAUCUGCUUCAUGUGCAGAUAUUGAGGAAAAGGACAGCAAAAAGUGGCCAGAGAACCUUCCGGUUAAUGAGAACAAGCACAACAGGUUGUCUAAUGCAAGUACGGAUGACAAAAUAUCAAAUGAAGACAGUAUUAUUAAGCUUUCUUCUCAAUCUCCAGAGUGACCUCACACAAAUCUCUAAUGCUGAUGCAAUUGGUCUCCAUUUAAAAGAAAAAAAAAAGCUGGAAAACUUUACAUGGCUAGAGUUUUACAGGCGUUGAGCAAACAAAGUGAAGAAAUGACAUCAGAAAAAUAUGGAUAUAGGUGUAUUCCAAAGCAUGGUCGGUCUAAAUUUUUUCAUUUAUUUUUUGUACAAAUAGCUUGUGGCGAGUGAACUUCAAUACGGGAUUCAUAUUUUUUGUUUAUUUA